CAAUCGUACCAUAUAUUUACUUCAAGUUAUAUAUACGCGCCGUUCAAUUGCAUUUUUCAGUGCUCUUAGGGUUUUCGUCCACUGCAUACCAGAGAAACAGAACCGAAAAUGGUGAAGAGCCGGGAAGGAGAGAACGUCAGACUCUAUAUUCGGGGAACUAUUCUCGGGUACAAGAGGUCGAAGUCGAACCAGUACCCAAAUACGUCUCUGAUACAGAUCGAGGGAGUGAACACCAAGGAAGAGGUCGGGUGGUACAAUGGUAAGCGUUUGGCAUAUAUAUACAAGGCCAAGGUGAAGAAGAAUGGUACCCACUAUCGUUGCAUUUGGGGCAAAGUUACUAGGCCUCAUGGUAACAGUGGUGUUGUUCGUGCUAAGUUCAGAAAGAACCUUCCGCCUAGAUCUAUGGGUGAUAGGGUUAGAGUCUUCAUGUAUCCCAGCAACAUUUAAGAGAUAUGUGGAGUACUUGAAUUUGGAUCAUGUACUAAAGGAUGAGCUUUUAGGUUUUGUACUCGAGAAGCAAUACUAGCUAGCUAAUUUGUCUUUUUACCUUGUUUAAUUUGUUUGGGUUUUGAAACAUAUGUGACGAUGUUCAUUGUUUGUCUCUGAGUUGAGAUCCAGUUUUUGGGCGUAGAAAUUAAAUUUCAAAUUCAUAAAGCUGAGAAUUUGCAGCAAUUGCACAAAGCAUUCCAGAAUGGGAUUUUAUUAAGAUUGUCAA